AUGUCUGCGGCCCCGGAAGCUCAGCUGCCGGAGCUGCAAAUUUCUAAACUUCCUGAUGGAAUCCAUUCCGAAAGUGAAAAGUUCGUGGAACUUAUGUCGGCGGGAGCUGACCUAGUGCCAUCAGGACCUGCCGGUGUGUUCAGCGCCAGCUGCCCGAGCAUGCAAAACGGAGUCUGCACUGCUCAAGGCUCGGUGCCGUUGUCACCGGGCGAGAGCUUCAAGCUUCGAGUGUUGCAUUUGGGGACGUUUGGUGAGAUUGCUAUUGGUCUUUGUGCACCGGGCCAGGCACGCGAACAGACCAUCAAUCGCGACAUGGUCGGAUGGUCCCGUGGCGAGGUCGGCUUUCAUGGCGGUCAUGGAAAAUCCUUCGUCAACGGCCACGCUUCGAAAGAACAGUGCAGCGAUCGGUGGUCCGUCGGCGACGAGAUCGAGUGUGGUUUAACAGCUGGCGCCAACGUGUACUUCAAGCAUGCUGGAGAGCAGUUCCAGCACAUCCUCGAAAUGCCAGGCCGCUGGCAAAUCUCACUGGCGUACCCGACCGUCACGAUGCGCUCCCGUGGAUCUAAAGUGGAGAUAGAUCUCCGAGGAGUUGAGGACAAACCGCUUAAGGAUUUGUUGCCACACAGCGGUCCAGACUCGAGCAUGAGAGGGGGUGAGUCUUCAGCACAUUUAAGAUCGAAGUCGUCAGCCCUCACUCUGCUGACAUCCUUCAAGAGGACGGUUAUCGCUGAAGAUGAGUGCCAAGAAGGCCCUGGUGUCACGACGCUGGAGCGCUGGCUUUCGCCCUGGUGUUGCCAAAGCAUUGAGGUCGAUCAGGCACCAUCCACCAUCGUAGCUUAA